AUGCGUAUCCCGGGAGCUCUGCUACUCACGUGCUACACAAGACAACCAGGACACAGCUCUACCGCGCAGGCGCAGCCGGGAAUGCUGGGAACCGCAGGCCACUCGCUACGAAUGCCGGGAAAUGUAGUGUUACGCGGAUAUUCUAGCCGCGCGGAAAGCUUGGGGGCGUGGUUAGUCGGCCUGUGCCUCUCUCGGUCACGUGGUAGUGUUGCCAAAGUGAUUAGGAGACGCCGGGUGCCUGAUAUCCUAGCAACCGUGGCAACAAAGAUGGCGGACACUGAGGACGCAGAGGGGCCAGAUAUGGACGCAGCUGAAGACCAGGAGGGACGGACAGGUCUGGAGAGCGAGCGAUCAGAGCGAGCCGUAAAUGACGGGAACACAGGACCGACGGCGGGUGACCAGGGGACGAGCGCUGGACCAGUACUUGAUGAUCCACGUGCAGAACAUGAGAACAUGAUUACGACGUCCACACAUUUACCACCAGAGAGGGAUGGACCGGAUCCCUCUACCCAGGAUACUGUCCUAGAGGAUGUCACCGAUAAUAACUCAGCCUCUGCCACAGACGAGCGCCCCAUAUUACCUGAACCCCCCAAUGACCAGAUCUCGAAGGAUGAGCAGCACAGCACAGGAGCUCAUACCUCACCUAGAAGUAUUGGUGGAGGAAAAGGCGGGGAGUCUGAGGAUCUUACACGGCGUGCACAGGAGCGUCCUGGCACCAGAGACGGAGCUGAUGCUGAGGAGGACGGUGUUAAAGCUGAGGAUGAUGGAGAUAAAGCUGAGGAGGACGGAGCUAAAGCAGAGGAGGACGGAGCUAAAGCAGAGGAGGACGGAGCUAAAGCAGGGGAGGACGGAGCUAAAGAAGGGGAGGACGGAGCUAAAGAAGGGGAGGACGGAGCUAAAGCAGAGGAGGACGGAGCUAAAGAAGGGGAGGACGGAGCUAAAGCAGAGGAGGACGGAGCUAAAGCAGGGGAGGACGGAGCUAAAGCAGAGGAGGACGGAGCUAAAGCAGAGGAGGACGGAGCUAAAGCAGAGGAGGACGGAGCUAAAGCAGAGGAAGACGGAGCUAAAGCAGGGGAGGACGGAGGUAAAGCAGGGGAGGACGGAGGUAAAGCAAGGGAGGACGGAGCUAAAGCAGAGGAGGACGGAGCUAAAGCAGAGGAGGACGGAGCUAAAGCAGGGGAGGACGGAGCUAAAGCAAGGGAGGACGGAGCUAAAGCAGAGGAGGACGGAGCUAAAGCAGAGGAGGACGGAGCUAAAGCAGGGGAGGACGUAGCUAAAGCAAGGGAGGACGUAGCUAAAGCAGAGGAGGACGGAGCUAAAGCAGAGGAGGACGGAGCUAAAGCAGGGGAGGACGGAGCUAAAGCAGGGGAGGACGGAGCUAAAGCAGGGGAGGACAGAGCUAAAGCAGGGGAGGACGGAGCUAAAGCAGGGGAGGACGGAGCUAAAGCAGGGGAGGACGGAGCUAAAGCAGGGGAGGACGGAGCUAAAGCAGGGGAGGACGGAGCUAAAGCAGAGGAGGACGGAGCUAAAGCAGGGGAGGACGGAGCUAAAGCAGGGGAGGACGGAGGUAAAGCAGGGGAGGACGGAGGUAAAGCAGGGGAGGACGGAGGUAAAGCAGGGGAGGACGGAGCUAAAGCAGGGGAGGACGGAGCUAAAGCAGGGGAUGACGGAGCUAAAGCAGGGGAUGACGGAGCUAAAGCAGGGGAGGACGGAGCUAAAGCAGGGGAGGACGGAGCUAAAGCAGAGGAGGACGGAGCUAAAGCAGAGGAAGACGGAGCUAAAGCAGGGGAGGACGGAGGUAAAGCAGGGGAGGACGGAGGUAAAGCAAGGGAGGACGGAGCUAAAGCAGAGGAGGACGGAGCUAAAGCAGAGGAGGACGGAGCUAAAGCAGGGGAGGACGGAGCUAAAGCAAGGGAGGACGGAGCUAAAGCAGAGGAGGACGGAGCUAAAGCAGAGGAGGACGGAGCUAAAGCAGGGGAGGACGUAGCUAAAGCAAGGGAGGACGUAGCUAAAGCAGAGGAGGACGGAGCUAAAGCAGAGGAGGACGGAGCUAAAGCAGGGGAGGACGGAGCUAAAGCAGGGGAGGACGGAGCUAAAGCAGGGGAGGACAGAGCUAAAGCAGGGGAGGACGGAGCUAAAGCAGGGGAGGACGGAGCUAAAGCAGGGGAGGACGGAGCUAAAGCAGGGGAGGACGGAGCUAAAGCAGGGGAGGACGGAGCUAAAGCAGAGGAGGACGGAGCUAAAGCAGGGGAGGACGGAGCUAAAGCAGGGGAGGACGGAGGUAAAGCAGGGGAGGACGGAGGACGGAGCUAA